CGCACGCACGAGCGGGUGCGCCCGGCGCGCCUAUUUAUGCGCCCGAGCGCGCAGUGUGAGCGCCGCACUAGGGCACUGCUGCUUGCUCACUCCGCGGAGCCGUGGCGUGGCGUCGCAGCAGGGCCGGCUCCCGUGCCACUCCGACCGAGACCGCAGGCGCGUGCGAGAAAUACCAGAGCCGGAGCCGCGGAGCGCGAGGACGAUGGGGCGGAUCCCGUGCUGCGAGAAGGACAGCGUCAAGCGCGGGCAGUGGACGCCCGAGGAGGACAACAAGCUGCUCUCCUACAUCACCCAGUACGGCACGCGUAACUGGCGCCUCAUCCCCAAGAAUGCCGGAUUGCAGCGGUGCGGGAAGAGCUGCCGGCUCCGGUGGACCAACUACCUGCGGCCGGACCUCAAGCACGGCGAGUUCACGGACGCCGAGGAGCAGACCAUCAUCAAGCUGCACUCCGUCGUCGGCAACAGGUGGUCGGUGAUCGCGGCGCAGCUGCCGGGGCGGACGGACAACGACGUCAAGAACCACUGGAACACCAAGCUGAAGAAGAAGCUGUCCGGGAUGGGCAUCGACCCCGUCACGCACAAGUCCUUCUCCCACCUCAUGGCCGAGAUCGCCACCACGCUGGCGCCGCCGCAGGUGGCGCACCUCGCCGAGGCCGCGCUGGGUUGCUUCAAGGACGAGAUGCUCCACCUCCUCACCAAGAAGCGGCCCACCGACUUCCCUUCCCCCGCGGUGCCCCCCGACAUGGCGACGAUCGCCGGCGGCUCCGGCGCGGGCGCUCUCGGCGCGCCGCCCUGCGGCUUCCCGGCGCCGCCCCAGACCGACGACACCAUCGAGCGCAUCAAGCUGGGCCUGUCGCGCGCCAUCAUGAGCGAGCCCGGCGCGCCCCCAGGCAAGCAGCAGCAGCCGCCCUGGGCGCCGGCCGACGUGACAGAGGGGCUGGCGGGGAUGUACGCCACGUACAACCCCGCCACGCACGCGCAGGAGGAGUUCAGGUACGACAACGGGGCGGUGCCGGAGUACGUCCUCGGAGGCGCCGGCGCCGGCGGCGACGCGGACCAGGGCACGUCCAUGUGGAGCCACCAGAGCAUGUACAGCGGGAGUUCGGGCACAGAGGCCGCGCCCAGGCCGAUGGCGGCGUUGCCGGAGAAAGGCAAUGACAGCGUCGGGAGCAGCGGCGGCGGCGGCGGCGGCGGCGGCGACGAGGAGGCGGACGACGUCAAGGACGGCGGGAAGGGUGGCUCCGACAUGUCCGGCCUCUUUGGCUCCGACUGUGUACUCUGGGACUUGCCCGACGAGCUAACCAAUCACAUGGUGUAACUACAGUCUACAGAUCGUGCCAAGUCGCCAGGAUCAAAGAGCGUUUCAUCAAGGAGUAUAUAUAUAAACUUAAAAAGAAGCACCAGAACAAAUUAUUGCCAAAAUGUUUUAUAAACUUGAAUAAGGAAUAUGAAAAUCGUGUAUAUAUUUUUGCCAUUUGACAAGGAUAAGAAUGUGCAUAUAGAACCGAGGAGACCAUGCAAUUUUAGUUUUGGAAUCCUCUGUUUCAGGGGCUGGUGCUCAGAGUAAUGACAGUUCAACUGCAAAACCUCAAAUUGUUUUGUCCAU